AGUUUAGUUGCACAAUGAGCAGGAAUGUGUGGACAGAAGCAGCUGCAGGGGGAGGGUGAUGUGAUUCACCGCGUUAUCUUCCGCUGGCUGUCAUAUCUUCGAUUGGAGGAGUGAAGUUUUCAUUUGUACCUUCUCUUCCUCCUCCUUCUCCCCACUCGGAGCCCCGCCUCGGGCCGCUGGCACACCUGGACUCGGAGCAGCGGCGGCGGCUAAAUCUGCGGAGGAGCCCGGUGGUCUGGAGGUCUAGAGGUCUGGAAGUUGGAGGCUUCAGGACGCUUCGACUCUCAACAGUAGGUUUCAGUGAUUUCAAAGCCUCGUCGUAGCCGCAUGCAGUGAACCCAGCGACUUUGACGCAUUUACGACGCUGAAAAUGGGCCAAAUGCGCCAGUCAGGACGCAUGCGAGAAUAAACAGUCAGAAUGGGUGAAGCACCAGCCAGAGAGGAUGGCACAGUGACCCGGUCAGCAGAGUAUGUGGGCUCAUUUCCUGUGGACGACCGCUGUUUGGACGAGCAGAUUAAGCAACUGGACACACAGCUGACGUCCCUCAGAACAUGCAAGAGACGGCGGCCUGUGUCCCUGAAAUUCUCCAUUAAAGGUGUGAAAAUGUACAAUGAGGAUGAAACAACCCUCCUCAUGGCUCAUGCUCUGCGUAGAGUCUCUCUGUCCACCGCCCGGCCCGUCGAUGCCCAGUUUGCCUUUGUCUCCCAUAACCCAGGCAGCAUCGAUGCCCAACUCUACUGCCAUGUCUUCAAAGCAAGGCAUUCCAGAGCGGUAAGAAGCCUCCAGUUAUUGUUCCGUUAUGUUGCUUUCAAGUUCUAAUAUGAGGAAAAAACAGGUCCACGGAAGUGCUUUUCUUUUCUUGGUUUUCUGGAAGGAUCACGGUUAAACAACUUAUUUUUGAAACAGUGGAAGACUCUGAAAUCCUAUGAAAUUUAUUUAUAAAAGCCAUUUAAAACAACAAGUGUUGGACCAAAGUGCUGCACAGUUAUGAAUAGCAACCGAUAAGACAUUGAAACUUAAAACAAUUCUCUGUAAAAACGCAAUAAAAUGAAGGACAAAAAAGAUACAACACAAUAAAAGAUGAAGUCAGGAUGCCAGUCCGUACUUUGAUGGAAUACCAAAGAGGGGGGUCUUCAGCAGUGACAUUAAGUUUCUAAAGCAGGGGUGUCAAACUCAUCUUAGUUCAGGGGCCACAUGCUGCCCAGUUUGAUCUCAAAUGGGCCGCACUGGUAAAAUCACAGCAUGAUAACCUAUAAAUAAUGAGAACUCUAAAUAUUUCCCUUUGUUUUAGUGCAAAAAAUACCUUCUGAAAAUGUUAAUGAACUAUUUUUUUGGAAAACAUUAUGAACAAAGUGAAAUUUUUAAAGAAAAAUAAGUGCAAUUUCAACGUUUUUGUGCCUCAGUUUAUCAUUUACACAUUACAACUUUCCCAGUGUGCCUACAAAAAGAACAAAACAUUUAGUCAUAAGUAUCUGGAAUUGAACAAUCUACUCUAAUGAUCUGACAACUUGUCAAGAUCUAGAAAUUAUUUGAAAUUUACAUUCAUUUACACAUCUGUGUAGCAAUCCUGAGCACCACACCAUACAAACUAAAGUGGGAACUAUAAAGAAAGAAGUUUAAGUUGUCCCCCUGCCUUGUAAAUGUAUUAAAUUAGUACAUAAAAAAUAAAUAAAAGUUGUGGCAGUACAGUGGACAAAUUUAAAAUAGCAGUUACUUUUAUUGACAAAUUGCAGUAAAUGUCUUCUCUGUAGUUUUUGCACUUUACAAAGUCAUCCUGUGGGCUGGUUUUGGCCAGCAGGCUGAGAGAUCUGAGAGAACAGUUAGCAGCUACUGCAAAGACUCCAUCACAUUUUCUUUUUAUUUAUUACAUUAAUUUGUUCCCCUGUCAGUUAAACCUUGUAAUCUGCAGCCCCCACAGGACAGACUGAACAUCAGGGAAGCUCUAAGAGGUUGUUGUAGUUUAUGCAUUAAGAUGUGCAUGUUCUGACAACUAUGCUCUCAAAUCUGUUUAAGUAUGUGUAUGUUAUUCUAAUGUGGCUGGAUGCAGUUGUUCCUUUAAUCGAAGACAAUUUUCUCCUGUGGGAGACAACUAUUAGAUAACCCUAACCCUUCACAAAAUAUGCUGUAGAAUGGCUUUACUACUCGACUUUAAAAGUUUUUAACAAGAUCUGGGGCCCUAUUCUAGACAUAUGAGACUUGCAUCCACAGUAAACUAACUACUGUUUAGUCCAGUUAUUUUGUAUUUCGAUGAAUG